GAAAUUGCAACAAAACUUACAAAGUCAAACGAUUUUUUGCAAAAUGCCACAUACCAAUUCAAAAGAAAGAAACAAAAGACGAGCAGAAUUAAGAACAAAACAUAAAGGAUCAAAAAGUGCAUCAAGUCAAUUCCCAUUCAAAACUGAUCGUAAAGCUGCCGUCUUUGAUGAUACAGCUAGACAUGAAUAUCUUACUGGUUUCUCUACAAGGAAAAAAGCUGCCAAGUUAGCUGCUCAACAACGUGCAACUCGUCGUGAAAGAGAAGAAAGACUUGAAUUACGUCGACAAUUAAAGGCUACUAGAUUGGCUAAAGUCAAAGAAAAUCUUGAGAUGCAAGCCGAGUAUUAUGGAGAUGAUGCUUUUGCGACUAUUGAACUGGAUCAACUCUUACCGAAACAUACAGAGACAUAUGAGAAUGAAGAUGAAGAAAGAAUAAAAGAUGAAGAAAGAUAUGAAGACGAAGAAGAACCGAAAGGUCAAUCCAACAAGGAUGCAUCGAAAUCCCAAACAACAGUCACAGUAGAAGCAUUUUCCGUUGAUCAUACUGUCCUAACCGAAUCCCAACCAUCCAGCAGUCAUCAAACCACUGAUCCAUCAUUUUCCAAACCUACCAAACCAUCUACAUCAACCAGCCGAGAUGGAUUUAAAAAACCUUUUGAUCAUUCUUCCACUGGACCAACUAAAAAGAAAAAACCUGGUAGGAUACCUUAUGAAAGUAAAGCUACAAGAAAGAUCGAAAGAGCUAAAAAACAACGAAAACGAACCGAAAAGGCUGAUGGGAAAUCUAAGUUUAAGAAACGUACUGGACCCGUGAAAAGGGGUUAAAGUUUAUCAUAGACUGCUUUCUUUAAGAUCAUCUGAUAUCUAUCAUCUCUCGUGAAAGAGUAUCGGUCCUUAUCACCUGCUCUUAUUCGUUUUACUAGACUAUGUUCCGAAAUUUGUGGGAUACGCUAAAUACUUGUACAUCAAUGAUUUCAUAUCACAGAUCACAUAACAUCCUUGAAGACGAUUAACUUUUUUUUGUCUUCUUACUUUUUUUGAUUCAAUUAGACCCACUUCUUGAUAAAGUGGAAAACUUGACUUGUAUUAUGAUAUUAAUUAACCUUCAGUUCGCUUU